GCCUAUCCCACCACCACACCCGGGAGCCGCCAGUGUGCACUGCUGCACCCACAUCCACUACGCUACCUGCUGCUCUCAGCCCCGGCCUACGCUGAAGCGCCCAGGAGUGCGGAACGCGCGGACUUGGCAAUUCCCAGCACUCCCCAGUCGCUGCAGCCCUCACUGGGCUCACAGCCUUGGGAGGAGGGCAAGGGCCCGGUGUCGAGGCCUAGAGGCGGGCACACCUCCUUCAGCAUUGAGAGUAUUAUGCAAGGAGUCAGCACUGAGGGAAGAAGGACCACGCAGAGUCCUUCCCCGACUCCAUGGGGCUACUGCCACCUGCUCCAGCACCCAUCGUGCCUGUUGCACCCCCAGGGCCCUUUGCUGAACGUGUCCGCCGCCGCUCGGACAAUUUUACUACAGCAGCAGCAGCAACAGCAGCAGCAGCAGCAGCACUGUUUCAGCAGCUGCGCUACCAGCAAAGGCAGGCUGUUGGGCCAGCACCUGUCUGCCGUCGCGGCGCUGCUAAGGUACCAGCCGGUAGCAGAGGGCUCUAGACCGACUUCGCUGGCCGCCUUUUCUGGUGGAGAGGGGACUUCACCAGCCUUACCCUGCCUCCUGGUCAACCCCGCUGGGCGCACCUGGAGUCAGGUGUCAGAGCGAUACCAUCCACUGUCCUGCUCCAUCACCGCCUGA